GAGGAUAAUAGCGAACUCGAAUUUGGAUUAAGAGUCACCACACGGAUAUCAUUCGGUCAUAGCUGCUGAAGUUUCUUGUGGUCUUUUCAAGGCGAUCCGUUUCUUGAUGAAAAGGUCAAGUUGAGCAAUUCGGUGAAUCUGUGUGACAAAGAUUCAUGUUGUAAAUUUCUGAGUAGAUCGGGAAGUUGCUGAAUAGGUCGGUGAAGGUCAUCCAGACCUGUUCUAUGUUUUUUUCUGGAUAGAGAAACAGAGAUGAGUUUUAGAGCUGAGCUUGAGAGACCCUAUAUUUUUUUCUCUGUGCGCCACUCUUUUUCUGACAUAGUUAGGUCGCCAUCGGUUUGUGAUCGAUGCUUUUUUCAUUCUUUUCUUUGUUUUCUUAUAGGUUGGUCCGAUGGUUUUAUUUACGGCUCUACCCACCAACGGAUGCUCUAAAAGCAAGUGGACUGAAUAUCCAUAUGAAUCCCUCGUCCGCUUAUUGAUACAGUUGUAUUGAAACCGAGAAAGGGAAUCUCCUGCUUAAUACAUAUCCCCGGACCCUAGCUUAGAGGCGCGUCAAGACUCUGUACUUGUGCAGUCAAUUUUUUUGAGUUGAAUAAAGCAGGAGUUGUCAAAAAAAUAAGAAAAUGGCAACCGCGUCUGCUCAAAUCAGUCGCCGACGUUCGUCGUGCACUGCCGAUAGCUGGGCCAAAUUUCGUCUGCUCUACUCUCAAGACCAGCUGGACAGGCUCUCUUUCGUCUUCGGGGAGCUCGAAAACGACGACAAGCUCGGCGAAAACAUGUGCGUCGUGGACAAACGGUAAGGUUCCUCGCCAGGUUUUUUUCUGAUUAAGAUGUGAUUGGGGCCGCUUUAUUUGGUAGCAUCACUAAAGAAUACUGAGCUGGUGGCAGGUGGAAACGUUUGACUCCACGAAGUAUAUCUAGUGCCAAGUCAAUCGCAGAGGCAGCAAUCGCCGCUGUUUUGCCCCUCGCAAGCCCCCUGAAUCAAUAGACCAUUUGCAUAUACUUAGGUUGCAGGCCGUUGGAGAGCGCUGUUUUGGUGCGGAUCUGGUGCGUGACAUGACUCGUGAUCUUGUCGAUGCCGUCUACCAGAAGACCUUGCAGAAAUUUUUGACCAAAGAGGUAUUGGUUUUGAAGGCUGAAAAAAUCCUAGUAAGUGAGCAUACUCUCUAAAGUUGCAAAUAAUAUGAAAUCUUCACUUUUUAAUAGACGCCUACUUCCACGCUCUCAUCAUUAUCAUGCGCUUGUUUUGCAAAUGAAUAUUCAGGGCGAAUCGAUGACUUUCGAGCAGUACUUGAACUUUAUUCACACGUUCGGGGUGCUGAUGCAGGAGCAUCAUCCGUGGCGUGGAUACCCCCAGACCUUUGCUAUGAGGGUGCAGACGGCGAUGAAAGUACUGCUAGAUAGUUUAGAAAGUAUGCAGCAGUAGCCAAUUUGGAAGCAAGGAGAGAGUCUACUAGUUUCAAUGUCGUGUGCUGCAGAGACUUGUUUUUGCCGUCAUUGUGUCAUGCCUUCACCUUCCCUUCCGUCUCCGUUUCACAGGAGCGUGGUGCGCAGCGGGUCGUUGACAUUCCCGAUCUGCAGAAGAUCAAAAAAGAGGAGAGUGACGAUGAGGAGGACGACGACAAGGUCGCGGAGCUGAUUUCGAAGUCUAUGGCCGUGCGGAACAAGGAUAAAAAAGAGGAAAUCGCCAUUAAGACAAAUGCUCUCUUCAAAGUCCUGAAGGACCUGGGAAUUGAAACUGGUGAGGGCGAUGACCAAAAGAGAAUCCUCCGCGAAAUGCAGAAAUUGGAUGCCGAAGAAACUGGUAGAAAUGGAUAUAUUCUGCAUUUAACACACUAUUCAGAGUGACAGAAUCAGAGGCAGAUUGGAGAAAAUGAAUUUGAGUACAGUUAUUAUCAAAAGCAACAUAUUCUCUCCCUGUUGAGCAUAUCAAUCAGCUCCAUCCUCGCGAAAUGGAUCGGGUUCCCUCGUCUGUCAACAAAAGCCUGUCGUCGUUUACUGUCCUUCCUUUUUCUCAAAAGUUUCUACUACUCCUUCCUUACUCACACGCCUAAAUUUUUUGAUUCGUUGUGCAGGUUGGUUCACGUCAGAUCAGAUGCUUUCGUUAUUUCGUGAGUUGGAUCAGCACUGGGAGUCGAUAGAGCGAAAGCAGCAGAUUGCCAUUAUCGACGAAACCAAUUACAUGGAGCGCGAUGUCGAUAACCUGAAGGCAAUCUUCAACGAGUACGCCAAGCCAGAUGAGACCGCACGAGGACCCACAUUGGGCGUCAGUACUUUUUGGUUAUCAAAUUUUAGAUCUAAUAACCUUAAUAUAGAUGCAUGUGGUUUUUUUGACUGGCGAAAACGCCAUUUUGAAUUGUUUUCGGGAAUCUGUCUUCCGUCGUCACGAUGCAGUCUCUUUGAGUAGUGAGGAGCGGGUCUGCGCGAAAAAGAAAUUUAGUCGGGACUCUCCGCUGAAAACAAGAAGUGUACUCGGUUAAAAUCUCUGAACGGUCGUGCUGAAUUGAUUCUUUAGGUGAGUUCCGGGACUUUUUUCGCGCCUUGCAGAUGAAUUUGAACAAGAAAGACACUAUUCGUCUGAAGGACUGUAUGAUGGGAACGAAAAGCGCCGACCACGCAGCAGAGCGCAUUGACUUCACGGGCUUUUGUAGUGCGAUGAAGAAGCUCGAGAAUGAAGACUUCUGCGGUCUGAAGGCCAUUAUGGGACGCAAGGACGAGGUCGAUGUCGACCUGGACCUGUCAGCUGCAACCCGACAUCGCAGUUUCUUCGAACGGAAGGCCGCAAGCACGCGCGCAAGAAACAGUCAGGCAGCUAGUGCGAUGCAGGCAGCUAAAAACGAGUAA